AUGACCAACAAAUUUCUGGUUCUGUUGUCUGAGCGGGCGAAAACUUCCCACAGUACUUCAAUAAAAACAACAAAUUACCAGGAUAUGUUGGAUGACUUAUCAUCAUUGGGUGGGAGGAGACUCAACUUGACACAAUUAGCCUCUAAGUACUUUCGCCUGAGAAAAGUAUAUCAAGCAUGGCGGAAAUUGAUUCAACACACAGGCUUUGGUUGGGAUCAUGAGUCGCAAACUCCAACGUGUCCCAUACAGGUUUGGCAAGAAUAUAUCAAGCAAAACCCACAGGCGCAACAAUUCUUCCAUGAUGGACUUCCUCACAAAGAGCUUUAUGAAGUCAUAUUUGAGAAGCAAACUACCAUAGGGAGAUAUGCGUACACAUCUACUUCUCAACCGGUGGAGAACUGUACUUCUUCCAAUCAAGGACUGGUUGAAAUUGAUGAUAGUGACUUCGAACCUGAUCUGGAUGGAACGACAGGGGAAAAAAGGUCAAACACAUCUGGUCAUGCAAGAUCGAGAAAUAGGAGGAAGAGAAGGCAGCCUAGGACAGGCACUUGUGGAUGUCAUUGGCAGAUUGACGGAUGUGCUUGUGGAGAGGAGUAUAGGAUCGAGGGCUAG